UCUUACUGUAAUAGUAGAGGAACGAGUCCGGAGUGACUUCAGCAUCGUAGACUCUGAGCAAAAGGAGUGGUACCAUUUCACAAGCGUACAUUGUUGGCUCGUUCGUAGUGAAGUGAACACGUUUUUCUGACACACUAUUUGCAGUGGGAACUUUGGACAUAACCAUGUCUAGAAGACUAACAAAGCGGUACCUAACACCAGCUGACGAAUACAAGUGUCCACUGUCAGAAGAAACGCAGUCCAUAGCAGAAAUUGAACUCAGGGAAACAGAAAGUUCUAGGUGUCAAGCCAUUGACGCUUUGAGGAAAUGGUUGGAGCAGAAUCCAAAAUUUUUGGCUGUAAGAAUGGACUCAAGUUACCUGCUUCGUUACCUAAGAACUAAAAAGUUCAGCGUACCAAUGGCUCAAGAGGCGAUUGAGAGAUACAUACUGCUCCGACAAUCUUGGGGCAUCGCCUUUAACCAGCUUGAUUAUACGCUUCCCAUUAUGAUGGAAAUCAUUGAUCUAGGAUUCAUAUUCGUGAGUCCCUACAAAGAUAAAAAGGGUCGACGCGUUGUUAUAUACAGACCUGGUGUAUUCGAUCCGUACAAGUAUACAAAUCAAGACAUGUGCCGAAUUAUGGCCUUGACAUACGAGAACCUGAUGGAGGAUGAAGAGACCCAGGUUCGAGGAUUAGUUCACUACGCAGACGGUUCAGGAGUCAGCUUCCCACAUUUGACACUCUUCACUCCGAAGGAGGCCGUGAGAAUAGUUAAAAAUGGAGAGCGCACUGUUCCACUUAGACACAAAGAAAUCUACGGAGUAAACGUCCACCCUACGAUAAAGUUUGCUCUGGACUUUGGAAUGGGACUCAUUUCGGAAAAAAUCAGAAAACGCGUGAAACUGUAUACGUCCAUAGAAGACGUGGAAAUUGAUAAAAGCCUCCUGCCCCAGGAAUAUGGUGGGGUGAUGCCCAUGAAGGAAAUGAUACAGCUAUGGAAAGAUGAGAUGGCAACAAAACGCGACACUCUACUCCUGAACGACAAGAUAUCUGUCCGCCUAGAGUUGUAUAGCGAGGCAGCUCGAGAAGGCGCUGUCUCAGCUUUGCGCGCCGGUUCCAACACCUGCGCGGGCGCUGAUACUGUGGGCGACGCCAUGCGAGGACUGACUGGCAACUUCAGAAAACUAGAAGUGGACUGAUGCGUUUACUAUUACAUCUCAUUCAUCAUAUACAAUAUUCACUGGUGGUUGUAGAUACCUACUCAAAAUUAUUUCUCAAUAUCUUCAAUAUAUAAAAUAGAGUAGAAUAUAGGAUGUUUUUACACUUUGUUAAAGCACAGAGGUGUCCAGUGCAAACAAUGGGGAUGUAGACUAGGCUGUUCGUGUUCAUAAAUGAAAAUAAUUUAAUUACAUAAAAUCAAAAUUUCAAGGCAGAUAAAGGUUAUAGGGAUUGCAAAUGUACCUACUGAUGUAAAAUAUAUAACUGUAAAUCAUUUUUGGAGUUCCAAUUUUCAUCCAUCCACGUUCGGGGUGAGCUUAGGUUUAGUUUCUUAUUUAAGUUCUUUCCUUAGCAAGCAAUACCUAUGCUUAAGAGUAUGAUGUAUCUACUUAAUAGCCCCAUCACGGGACAAAUGGAAAACAUGAAUAAUAAAACUUGUGAUAGUAAUGAUAAUAUUAAAUACACUUACCUGACUGUAAUGAUCUAUUUUAAAAUUAGUUUUAAAUAAUUAGAAAUAAAUACUUAAAAUUAAA